AGGAAAUCGAUGCAGCGUUGAGCACAGAGGUGAGGGUUUUCACCAGACUUUUCUUCAAAUACAGACUGUGAAAUCGGCUAGUAAUGUCUGGAAGGAGGAUGCCAAACUGUCCAGCAUCUGCGUCCAAAGGAUUCAGCUCGACCCCGGUUAAAACCAACCUGGGAAAAGACCACCAUAAACCCGUGGGUUUGGAAGACGGCGUACUAUCUGAUGACGAAGACACGUUUUCACUGCUUUCUCCAAUAUAUCAUGACAGUUUUGAGAGUGAUGAAGAGCUCGAGCACAGCCCAGCUCAGCAGACUUCGCCCAGACAGAGCAACAACUCAAGACCCAGCGUUUCACCAGUGCGAUGUGAACUACCAAGAACGCCCACUGAGCAGCUGUUGAAGGCUACAGGAGAGCCUGCAUACUCACCAACCCUCAGUGCAUGGGAACUGUGGCUGGUAAACAAAGCCAAAGAAGAACGUCUCAAAUCAGAAAAGAAAGCAGAGGAGGAGCAGUUACUGAAGGAUAAAGAAGAACAACAACAGAGAGAGCGGGAACAAAAAAAGAUUGUCAUGGAGGAGAGAAUCCAUGAAUGGUUGAGGAUGAAAAGAGAACAGGAGAAGAACAGGCAACUUCUUCAACAGCGCACAGAGGAGGAGGAGAUACAGAGGCAACAGGAAAAACAGAGAGAGACUGAAGAGAAAGCUCAACAAAAGUACAAAGACUGGCUACAGAAGAAGAACCAAAGAAAAAGGGAAAUGGAAAAGAAGGCCAAGGAUGAAGCUGCCAUGAAGGAAGAGAAGGAGAGAGAGCGCCACAGGAAGGCAGAGGAGAAAUUUCAGGAAUGGCUUAAGAAAGCCAAUGAAAAGAGCAAAGCGAGCCCAAAAUCAACUAGUUAUACAGCAGGUCCAUACGGAAAAUUCCUCCCGUCACCGGGCUUCUACAAUCCAAUCCCAUGGAAACCAAUUCACGUCCCUCCUCCAGAAUCAUCACCAAAUAAGACAUCGGACAAGAAACAUUCAAAACAGAAAAAAUGCCAACAAAGCUUCUACUCCUCUUUUGGACUGAGAAACUCUGCAAGUGCAGCACAGUUGCAACAGAGAAGAUGACACAGCAGAAUAAUGCUUAUGACUGUAUUAUAGCAGCUUAGCUCCUGCUCAGAUAUGACUUCAUCACAUACUCAUCCUUACCACUGAGAUGACUCUGCUGAAGGACAGAAGCAGCUUCUAUUCUCUAGUUUAGUAGUGUUAAGUAGACAUGCUAUCCUGUGGAUUUUUUGUUGAAUUUUGAGAGAUGUUGAAACAACACUUGUUCACCUGGUUUCUACAUAAGGGUGUAUGAAUUCUUCAGAAAAAAUACUGAGAUGAUUUUGCAAAGAACUGUUUCAAGCACAAAUACAGUUAU